AUGGUCCACAAGACUAGCUAUGGCAAAGGAAUAAAAACUUGCCGCCUUUAUUCUCCCUUUUGGUAUCUGUGCAACAAAGAAGCUAACAAGGACAAGUUUAUCCACGACUUGAAUAGUGUCGACGAUGCUUCAGAGGAAGAAGAUCUCAAAAACCAACGCCGACUGUGCAUUCGCAAUAACACUUUAUUUGGCAUCAGAGACGUGUACGACUCGAUGGAGUCCAUUCCAACGGCACGUUCUCUCCUAUGUACCGGUCCAUACCAUCAAUAUCCUGUACCGCUAUGUUUGGGUCUGAGGUUGCUCAGAAUACUUGAUGCUCUUAAUAUUCGUCAAUACGAGUUCCCGACGCACGUAGUCCAUCUAGUACAACAAAUGUACCUUUCCCUCACAUUCGAAGGAAACAUCUCUCCUUCCAUAUCCAAACUUUGGAACCUCCGUUACUUGAUUGUUUGUCGGCACAUGAUCAUUGUGGAAUCCGAUGGAAAAUCUUCGCCCGACUUGCCUACAGAGAUAUGGAACAUGCGAAAACUGAAUCAUCUCCAGGUCAUGGGAAGCGAUCUACCACAUCCUCCGUGUGAAGGAUCUCUCUUACCAAACCUCUUAACUCUGUCGGAUGUGAGCCCUCAAAGUUGUACCAAGGACAUUCUAGAAAGAAUUCCGAAGUUGAAAAAGUUGCGAAUCCGAAUCGAACUGGCUCCCGAUGCCAAUGAGCCGUUGAGCUGCUUCGAUCAUAUUUCACAUCUCCGUGAAUUGAAGAUACUUAAAUGUGUCAUCGUUUGUCCGAAGAUUGUAUCUGUGGUUGUUGAUGUUCCACUCGCUCCUCUUUCGAUAUUCCCACCGAGUCUUGAAAAGUUAACUAUGAGUGGUAGCUAUGGGUAUGCUUGGAAAGAAUUGAGCAAGAUUUCUUCACUACCGAAACUUAAAGAACUCAAAUUGCAAUGCUACGCCUUUCAAGGCCCAAAGUGGGAAGUUCAUUGGGACGAAUUCCCGGCGCUUGAAUUUCUUUUUAUAGAGGACAUCGAUCUGGUGCAAUGGAAACUUAAAGAUUAUAAGUACUGCUUCAAAAAUCUCGAGAGGAUUAGCGUAAAGCAUUGCUACAAGUUAGAAAAAAUGCCUUCGAAAUUUGGUAGAAAUCUUACCAAGAUUGAACUAGUCUAUUGCAACCCUCUUGUUGAGACUAGUGCAAAAAAGUUGAAAAGUGAUCGGGAGAUGAACGCUUUUAACCAUCGAUUGUUUUAG